AUGAACGGCAGCGCCGAGGAGCCCGGCUCCCCGCUGCCCACCUUCAGCGCGGCCGCCAAGGUGCGAGUGGCCGUCACCUGCCUGCUCUUCCUCUCGUCCUCCUGCUGCAACGGCGCCGUGCUGUGCGCCGUCGUGCGGGCCAAGCGGCGGCCGCCCCGCGUGCGGGUGCUGAUGGCGCAUCUGGCGGCGGCCGACCUGCUGGUGACGGUGGUGGUGAUGCCGUUGGACGCGGCCUGGAACGUGACGGUGCAGUGGUACGGAGGCGAGGCGGCGUGCCGGGCUCUCAUGUUCCUCAAGUUGGCCGCCAUGUACGCGUCGGCCUUCGUCACCGUGGUCAUCGCCUUGGAUCGGCACGACGCCAUCGUUUGCCCGCUGGGAGCGCGCGGCGCGGCCAGGAGGAGUAGGGCCAUGCUUGGGGCCGCCUGGGGAAUGAGCGCCGUGCUGGCGCUCCCCCAGGCCUUCGUGUUCCACACCGUCAGCCGCUCGCGGCCGCGCCGCUUCGUGCAAUGCGCCACGGUGGGCAGCUUCGCGGCGCGCUGGCAGGAGACGCUGUACAACAUGUUCACCUUCGCCUGCCUCUUCCUGCUGCCUCUGCUCGUCAUGCUGCUGUGCUACGGCCGCAUCCUGGCCGCCAUCUCGGGCACCAUGAGGGCGGCGCGAGCGCCCUCGCAGGACGUGCAGCUGCGCCGCUCCCACGAUCGCAUCCCGCGGGCGCGCAUGCGGACGCUGAAGAUGUCGGUGGUGGUGGUGCUGACCUUCGUGGGCUGCUGGACGCCCUACUACCUGCUGGGCCUCUGGUACUGGUUCUCCCCCGAGAUGCUGAGCCGUGGGAGGGUGCCGCCGGCGCUCAGCCACAUCCUCUUCCUCUUCGGCCUCUUCAACACGUGCCUGGAUCCGCUGGUCUACGGCUUCUUCACGGUGCAUUUUUGCGGCCGCCGGCGGCACCGGGACGCGACGUCCGGCUCCGUCCGCGCCUCCAUCGCCCGCAGGACCCCCAGCAGCAGCACAAAGCACGAGCUGGGGGUGAUGGAGGGGGGGAAGCCGGCGGGGCAGAGCCCCAAAAGGCUCCGUGACAGCGCACGGGGAGGAGUGAGGAUAGGAGGCGGAGCUCAGCUCGGUUUUAAUGAAGACCAAACAACAAGAGAACGAGGGGACUGAAAAUAAAAAUCACUGGAAAGGC